ACAUCAUUCAUCGAUACCCAUGGGUGCACCUAUUCCACAGCAUAAUAGUUUUAUAAUGAAGGCCGACUCCCCAGAGAGAUAACAUUUACAGUUGCCGCUGUGCUCCUCUGGGUCGUCACCACUUCCCCAUAGAUAACACAGUGCACAGAGGGUCACUAUACUCGAGAAUGAAGAUGUUUUUGCUUAUGCAAAUGAUUCUCAGACAUCAUUCCCUUCCAAAAUUGUCACCUGGUAAAGCACAUCUACGUUGACGCUAUAAAGAGCAGCAGGUUGGCGUUGUGCCUCACUGGUGGUUAAAGCCAUGAAUCUUACACACUCUGUAAACUGCUGCGCCUUCGAGUCUCCCAUCCUGGACCAGGUCUUGCCUCCAAUACUGAUCCUGGAGUUCAUGUUUGGACUGAUGGGGAACUUAAUUGCCCUGUGGAUGUUCAUCUUUCACAUGGACACAUGGAAGCCCAACUCGGUGUACCUGACCCACCUGGCUGUCGCCGACUCCAUUGUGCUGUUCUGCCUACCUUUCCGAGCAGACUACUACAGACGUGGAAAAAACUGGCUGUAUGGUGAUGUGCUGUGUCGUAUCCUGCUCUUUCUGCUGGCAGCCAACCGUGCAGCGGGGAUCUUCUUUCUCACUGCCGUGGCUGUUGAUAGAUACUUCAAGAUCGUACACCCAAUGAACUGGAUCAAUCAAAUGGGCCUGGGCUAUGCUCUCUGGGUCUCUCUUGCCCUCUGGGCUCUGAUUUUUCUUGCGACCGGAUACCUUCUAGCCAAUAAGCACUUAUUCCCCAGUAACAACCGCACACAAUGUGAGAGUUUCAACAUCUGCAUGGGGUUCGGACCCCUAUCUACCUGGCACAAUGCCUUCUAUAUCAUCCAGUUCUUCCUGCCCACUGUGAUCGUCGCCUUCUGCACAAUCAGAAUCACUUGGCAGCUGAAAAGCAGGACUGUGGACAGAAAGGGGAAAAUCAAACGGGCCGUUCAGUUCGUGUUGGCUGUGGCUUUGAUCUUUAUUACGUGUUUCUUUCCCAGCACUAUAUCGCGAAUCGCGGUCUGGAUCCUCAAGGUAUGGUAUAAUGAGUGCAGAUACUUUGAGGAGGCCAACCUGGCAUUCUAUACGUCCGUGUGUUUCACUUACUUCAACAGUGUCCUUAAUCCUGUGGUGUAUUAUUUCUCGAGCCCUGCCUUCAGUGGCGCUUUUGAUAAGGUACUGAAUAAACUGCUAAGACGGAGUGACGACAAAGAUCAGACAGAGUCUACCGACAAUGACAUUUCCACUGUUGAUGGUAGAAGGAUGUGAAAACCUGGGGCUUUUUUGUUCCCUUCUUAUAUCGCACAGAAUUUUACCUGGUUAAGUAAAAUGAUAAUGCACAUUAAAGGCCUGGCUAUUAAUACGAUUUCUGUUAAACCAGGUUAUUAUGUUAUUUAAAUGUUGGAAAGUGGUUUUGCUGUUGUUGUGAACAAUAAAAAUGACCCUCCCCAUAUUAAUUGCAACUUAGUGCUGUAUACCUUAAUCUGUAUAAUAUAAACCCUUGUGAGUGUGGUUGCAGUGUGUAAUAAAGCUGAUUAUAAUAGAUCAUUAUUAACAGUGAAUUUUAAGUGACUUAUUUUUUUUAGAUAUUUACUGGAAAAGCUUGUAAUUGAUAAAUCUGUUAAGAGCUAUAUAUAUGCAUUUUCCUCAGUUAAGUAUAAAACUUUCCUUUGUCAAUCACUUUCAUUUUAAACAGCAAACACUGAUUUGCCAGAAGAAGAAAAAAAUAUUUACAGUAUGAAUCAGUUGAAGAGCCGGAGGGAUGUUUAGAUUACUUCAGUGAUAAUCAGUAAACUGUCAAAAAACAUACAACCCAUGGAUCGGUUUGUGGAUUUAGGAUGGCAGAGAGAAUAUUUUGUAAUACCUUAUAAUUUCCAUUUGUCCUUUUGUGAACACAUUUCAACUACCUUUUUUGUAUCCUGACACAUUCUGCUUUAUUUUCAAUAAA